AUGUCAUCAUGGUCCUCGAACUCGUCCAAGCAAAACGUGCACCAUCUCCACGAGACUCCAACGCCGCUAAACUUGACCAACCCGAUCCGACUCGCGUUCCUCGGCGGGGGUAAGUCCGGCAAGACCUCGGUGAUUUCGAAAUUGACCUUGGGCAAUUUUAGAGACACCUAUUACCCCACGCUCAAACCGACGCCGGUGCUCUUCAACUACGAGCCCGAAUCUGAGGAAGCCGUUGAUGUUCUAGUUGGCGCAACGACGUUAUCGAACUCGAAGCGCGUGCGGCUCUCGUCCAACCACCAUUACAAUCCUCACAGUAACGGAUAUUAUCUGGUCUCAUCAGGGGGGGAAAUCAGCCCCAUGUUGGUGGAGUUGGUCGACACGCCCGCUUUCAACCCUCAGGACAUUGUGCCCUUUAUCGAAGCUUCGCUAUAUUCGCGGCUCAGCAAGGAGUACUUGCACAACCUCGCCAACGAGCCCAAGAAACCCGUGUCGACGAAGCCGUUGAUUGUCGCGAGCGGCGCUAGUGAGCUCAACGGCAACAUCGAUGGGUAUUUCUUGGUCUAUAGCGCGAUACCGAGCUACAACCCCCCAAUAUACGAUGGUGAUGACAGUGGAAGUGGUGGCGAUUUGCCGCGGAACCACUCGUUUAAGCUCUUGAGCGUGAUGAAACUGGCGUUGAAUGAAGCGUGGCAAGAGUACAACGCGUACAAGACGAACUGGGAGAAGGGUCAAGAAGCUGAUGUUUUCUCGUUUAAGCAUGCCUGGCGUGGGUUAUGGCGGGACCACCAGCACGGUUCGAGUGGGGUAGGGGGUAGUGGCAGUGCGAUGGAGGAUUUCAGUGAUUCGCCGCCGGUUUGGAUCGUGUGCACUCACGCUUCGAGUCCCUUGGCCUCGGCUCAGUUGUUGGAGGACGGCAAGAAGCUCAGCUGUGAGUGGAUGUGUGGGUUCGUGGCGAUGGAUUGUUCAACUGAUGAUGGGGCGAUCUUGUUGCCGUUGAUGAUUAGAGAUAUCAUACAGAAGCGUAAACUGAAGAAAUAG